AUGAGGAAGGAGAUUAAGGCAAAGAAGGCGGAGCUUACAUUCGGAGAAAGAGACGAAUGUCACUCAACAACAAAACGGUUAAAGCCCAAAACUCCUAAAAUAGAGACUUUGCAAGAACUUUACCAACUCCAUCCUAACAUUAAUGGUCAAAGUGUAUGGUUGUUCCCAACACUUAAGAAGUCUGCAGAAGGUCGUAUUUUGUACGAAAAAGCGGAAAACUGCGCAUAUGUAUAUGAUAUGAUUACGCAAAGUCGAUUUGUAGAUAUGGGAUCUGGGCUCAUAAACGAU